CCUGUAUUGCAGGGGCCAAGGGUGGCGGCUGGGGGCUGGAGAGGCGGCCACUGCAGGACAGAGCUUUGCAUCAGCUCCAACGGAGAGAAGAGCCGAGCAGAAGAGCUUUACAAGAAGGCAAAACUCCCGGCUGAUUUGGCGAAGGUGUAGAUGGAUAAUCUCUGACAGUAUCUGAACUUUGAGACGAUAUCAUUUUUGCUAUCUUUUCAGAAUUCUGGACUCUGAUUUGAUGUUUGGCUGGCAGAGUUGAAUCGACGGGGCUGUGAGUUCUCUUUCUGGAAGACCUUUGGGGGGCUCCCUCCUGCCUCCAGACCCCCGUGGUGAGGGAGAGGAGGCUGCUGAGCUGCUCCCGUGGAGGGUUUGGAUGUUGAUAAAGGGACUUUGUCUUCACAAAAGAGAGGCAGAGAAUCAAAGAAGACAAACGACAACGUUGGAGUCUCGCCGUUUUGCAACCCCCUCGUGUAACAGGGGACCCAGGCGAACGUCAUCGCUAACGGCCGACAGCACCCUCACGAAGCUUUCGGACACGAGUUGUUACAUGUGGAAGUGGGAGGGCAUGGCACAGGCCGAGGGGACGUCCCGGCCUGGGGCCGCCCCGGGCCAACCCUCCGUCUUCAAGCUGGUGCUGCUGGGAAGCGGCUCUGUGGGGAAGUCCAGCCUGGCUCUCCGGUACGUGAAGAACGACUUCAAGAGCAUCCUGCCCACCGUGGGAUGUGCUUUCUUCACAAAGGUGGUGAGUGUGGGUGCUGCAUCACUCAAGUUCGAGAUCUGGGACACGGCUGGCCAGGAGAAGUACCACAGCGUCUGCCACCUGUACUUCAGGGGUGCGAACGCCGCGCUCCUGGUGUACGACAUCACCAAGAAGGAUUCCUUCCACAAGGCGCAGCAGUGGCUGAGGGACCUGGAGAAGGAGUUCCUCCCGGGGGAGGUCGUGGUGAUGCUGGUGGGAAACAAGACCGACCUGGCCGGGGCGCGGGAGGUGACGUUCCAGGUAGGAUUCAUCUUCUGUUUUUCCUGUGGAUUAAGGACCCCUGAUGCCUGCAGCUUGCUCAAGGCUCCUGACAGUUCCUGCGAAAUGUUUGACACAGAAGUCCCACCAUUAUCACAUUGUACUGAAAACGGUUGUCCAAACCUUGGACUCUCUCAGGAGUGCCUUGGCUACUUCUGAAGCUUGUUCCGUUCUGCAGGGAAGGGCUUCCACCCACCCGUUUAAUGUCUGUAUAAAAAUAAUCUGACAUUUAUAAUUUCCACAAGCCUUAGGCAUAACGGUAAAGUCCAUUUGCCAACCUACCCCUGGGGUCGUGCCUGGCUUUCUCACUGGCAAUAUUGGAGCAUUAUACGGUGAUUGACAGGGGCCGUAUUAGUUGAUAUUUCAAGAAUGUCUUUACCAAUGGAGCAAUUACUUCUCUAGAUUCUAAUGUAAGUGGAUUCUGUUUAACACGGCUUGUUGGAGUUUUAUUUGAACCGGCCUUACUUUUUUUGUGCGUCCGGGUUUUCCUUCAGCCCUUGCCUCUGGCUUCACCGCUCUCAGGAUGGCUUCAGGGACGGGAGUGGUCUGCUCAUCUCGCUCAUCUCCUUCAACAAACAGCCGUGCAGCUUCCUUGCACAGGCUUGUCCUGGAGGCCGUUCAGUUGAUGAUCUGGAGAGCAGGUGGUUUGAGCAUCUGAUUUGGUUAACAGGUCCCUUCCCAGCAAGGGGACUGGACAUCCAGGUACACACAGGAAACCAUGCUUUAGAUUUGUGGUCCCAAUGAGACAUUCUAGCAGUUGCAGAGAUGGUUUAUUUGCAUUUUUACCUGAUACUCCUAUUACAGUAGCUGAUUGGCUGCAAAUAGUAUUAGUUUUUUUUUUUUUAUUUUAUACUGAAUAAGUGGCUCUGGUAUCAACAAGAAAGUUAAUUGUUUUCCCACCUGCACGGUUACUCGAGGCUCCUGGUGGGAGAUUGAGAGAAGCGAAUGUUUCUCCGGGUAGAGCCCCUCAUUCCAGGUGGCUGGGGCGUCUUGUUGGGGCAUCUGGAAUUUGGGUUCCCAGCUUCCCUAGGGGUUUUGCCCCAGGGGCACAUUGGUUAGUUUCUAAUUUCUUAGGAACCUCUCCUGUCCCUUGGAGGCAGGGGGUGGAGUGGGCGAGGGGCCCAGGGGUCUUACCUUCCUGCCGUUGUCUCGUCCUGGCGGCCCUUGGGUCACUGGAGCCCCGAGAAGGGCUGUUUGUCUGGUGCGGAGCCAAUCUUCAAGCCUGGCUGGCUUUUUGAAGUGCCUGUCCUCUUCAGCUUGGUGCCUGUUCUUAUCAACUUAAAGGCGAUUUCAACCAGCCUGGAGACAGGCAAUCUUAGUCUUCCAUCAAUUUCCUCACAUCAGGAAAACUGCGGGUGAUAAAUGUCAUGUUUAUGUUUCUGGCGUGCUCUGGGCUUUCUGGACCAUAUCUGUGUAUUGCCUGUGUGUGUUGUACAUUCUUUCCAAGAAAGCUGAUGGGCUUUCCUUGGGUCCUUGUAUUACCUCAUUCAGUUUCUGUAAAUUUAUGGGCUCUGGAGCCCCUUCUGCAGACCCACAAAAGACAUUUCUGGCAGUGUUCUAACUUAGCCCAAGCACCGUCACUACUGGGAUUCCAUUUAGGAUCCCUUAUUGGUACCCAGAAUCUAUGGGGCAUCCAGGAUUUUCUCUCUGCUUUCUGUCAGCUUCCUGCUUUUCUUUUUCUGCUGUCAUUUUCUGUUCUUCUCCUGUUAUCAGGGUAUUCAAUAAAUUUUGAUUAUCAGCCCAAUUUGCGUUAUUGGGUUGCAAAUAUUGAGAAAACUAGAUCUUUCAUUCUCUUUGGGUCCUCUCUAGAGAAUGGAGUAUUAUUCCUCCAAAUUGUAAGUCUGCUGUAGAAAAAGAGAAGUGUGCACAAGUACAAAUCCUCUGGGGCUUCCCUGCUCAUCCAUUCCGACGGGUCCUCUCUGGAAAGGCAGAAGUGUAGAGGGGGGCUUAGCUGUGGGUUUAGAGAGCUGCCCUGGCCAAAUGGAGGCCCCUGUGGGGUCUGGGCAGGGGGAGGCCAUUUCUACUCUAGGCUCUUUGGUUUCUGGUAAAGGGGUGACAGUGGGGCCUCCUCCUCCAAUUCCUCGGCCCCUUGGUUAUAGGGUGGGGUGGAGCGGAUGGAGGGUUUAGUAGAGAUUCAAUAGGAUCCUCCAGGUUAGAGUCAGGAAAGAUGGUCUUUUUCUCCCUCACAGCUUGCACAGAUAAAAUUUUACAUUUUCUUAACAAUACUGCCAUCUGCUGUAGGCAGAGAUUGAACUUGCAUAUUUCAUCCCAUUUCUGCUCUCUUUUAGAACAGUUCUAGUUGCAAUAAGGUGUUUUUCUCUACAGAACCAUUUUCAGGCUAUUUUCUACCUGAUUCCAAAUCAUACUGAAGCCAGACCCCGUUUCAGAAAUACACCGUCUGCUGCUUCUUCAUGGGUUCAUAACCUAAAUCUUCCCAGUUUUUCAGAGUGCAGCCCAAAGGGGAACAUUCCGGAAUGUUGCUAGAAUUAGAGUUUCCCAUUUUAAAAAGUUUAGCAACAAUGCAAAUUCACUGAUACACACAAAAUACACUCACUUUAAGCAAAUUCUCUAAACAAUUAAGCAGUUACUCACUGUAUCUUCAUCAUAAGAAUACAUUUAAUGCACAAGAAUACACCCAAUACUCACCCCAGGCCCACACAGGAUCUUCUCAAAAGAUGCAGGAAGGUGAAGUGGUCAGAGCAAGGGGGGGUUGUCAGGAAGCGGGACCUCGGGCCUUGAACCCUGGUCUGGGGGCUUCAAAGCCCCACACUCUCUUUCUGAUCUACCUCCAUCCUGAUGACUGCUCACCCACUUGGAUGUCCGGACCUGGAACCGUUUCUCUCUUUGAAAAGCUGAAGGACCGAUGAGCCCGGGAUGGUGGAGGGCAGGAUCAGCUCGGCUGCCGAGCCUCUAGACUAGCACUAGCAGCCACUGGACUCGAUGGCUGUGCUCUCCUGCCUGCUGGGGCUCCAGAACUUUGGGCAGCCGGGCUCCUUAGGAACCUCUUGGUCCUAUCUGAGUCUCCAAUCGAUGCUGAUCAAUACAGGGGUUCUCUGCUGAUGUGCACAGAAGAGUACAUUGUCACACCAGAGUUUCAGAGAGAGACAGAGUUCGUUGCCAAGCCCAAAGCAGGAGAUCAGAAGGUCAAUGGGCCGCAAAUCUGUCUCUCAAAACUGGAGAAACUUUCAGUGUUUUAUAGCAUUCAAACAAUAAUGACAAGGCAGGCUUAGGGUGAUGACAGGAUUAGAGAUGGUCUGAUCACCGAGCAUGCACAGAUUGAUUACAUGCUUGAUUAAACUUUAAGGUUUAGGGUACUGUGUAUGUCAGGUGGGCCAACUCUGAUUAGAGCUGCCUUGGUCUAACAAGAUAACUUAGGAACUGGGGUGGUCAGUUUUUUGUUGACUCAUAUUAAUCAACAAGGAGACUAUGUACAAGGGCCCCCAACUUUAGAGGGCUACAUACAAGAUAAGGGGAUACAAGCAGGACCAAUAAUGAGUUGUCUCGUUGCUGUCCAGUUUCAAAACACAGAAUCAGCAUUUAAGAAGCACAGUGUCUGGGUUACAGCCCAAUGAGUUACAACAGGUAGAGAGAUCUGCUUCCGGCUACUUCAAAAAGCAAACAGACAUCGAGGCUACAGUUCAGUGGGCUGUCACAGCUAUUGGUAUUUUCUUUUGGACUAGAACACAAUUGUUAAUUUUUCAGUGACCCUCCGGUGUCCAGAGUUCUCCACUCCACUCUCGUUCCCCUCCUGUGGGUUUUCUCUGCCUCCCCUACUCAGUAACCAGGAGGAACUUCUGGUCCUUCCCUCAUAAGGCUAAUGUUAAUGCUAAGUUAACGCUAAGUUAGUGUUAAGUUUUUUUUUUUUUUGUCCUCCAGUUAUUUUAUUUCAGGUUUUUUAACAUGGAAUACAUCAGAAGCACUUACAGAUCUUUGGGGAAAACCACUUUACAGAGUUGGGAGGAGGAUCACAAGGGGUCUCUGCCGAUGAAUACUGUGGAGAUGUGUGCAUCUGCAGGCGUUAGCGAGCUCCGUGAUGGUGUGAUCCUCCCUCUUCGUGUGGUCCAGGGCUGCUGACACGUGCCCUUCCGUAGGCCCAAGGUCAACUGGGUGACAGUAGACAGGUUUCCGUAGCAUCCUCUAACCUUUUGUUCUCCCCCAGAGGCAUUUAUCAAAGGACUCACUGACAGGCCCGUCCAUCGCUUGAUUGAUUCGUGCAGCCGCCACCUGCUCGGUCCCUGCUCUGGGCCAGCCCCCCCUCACCCCCCAGCCCACUCUGCCCUGGUCGGUGAAGGCCACAGCCCUCCCGGCACUCGUCCCGCCUUCAGGGUCCCCAUCGGAAACUCCUGGGGUUCGCUGGCUUGUCCUUGUUCAGUGAUGAGGGGGCUCACUCCGAGGCAGGGCCCGGGUGGGCUCCCACCAGGCCCCUCCCCGCCCCCUCCUGUUUUUCAGUUCUUAGUUGGUUUCUUUGUCCAAAUGUCAAAGCCGGCCCAGGCCAGAGUGCAGUGGUGGGCGGGAGCCAGGCUGGCUGAAGGCGCUUUUCACUCUCAGCAGGACAGGAAGGCCCUUUCUAGCUCCCCAGGAGCCCCUUAAAUUCACAACCUGGGGGGCCUGUGACAAAAGAGAUUUGCUCUCUCCUG